AUGAUGCGCCGAAAAUAUAGCGGACAUUAUUCUUCAGAUGAUGAAAAAUAUGAUGGAAAAACAUUUGAUGGUGGUAUAAAUUAUAUUGAAAAUAAAUUGGCUAAUCAUAGACGAUUUUACGAUAAUAAAAAAAGUACAAUAAAUCGUGUAUAUAAAGCAUUAUCAAGAAAGGGUGAUGAAAAUGGAAAAUCACGAUUUAGAGAUUUACUUUAUGAUUUAGAAGUUAAUGAUAAGUUAACAGAAGAACAAAUCUUAGAUAAAUACUUUAAAUCUGUUGAGAUUGAAGAAAUGUUUAGAGAUUCAUUAAAUCAAUCAGAAGAAGACAAUGACAAGGAUAACAUUGAUAAUGAAUUUGACAUUUUUACAAAAUCUAAUCGAGGAGUUUUUUCUAUGGAUAAUUUUGUUGAUUAUCUUUUAUCAAAAAUACAAUUACAAUGGAGAACAUUAUUAUAUGCUGUAUUUCCACUUCAUCAAAUUCAAACAUUAGCAUUUAUAUGUCUUGUACAAUUUAUAAAUGUUACUGUAUUAUUAAAGUAUCUUCCAAUAAUCAUAUGUUAUAUUUCAUUCAUUGGAAUGGUAUACUUUACAUUGAAAAUGUUUCAUAGUAAAAGUAUCAUAAAAAAAGAAAAAGUAUGGAAACGUGUAAUUGGAAUAUUUGAAAAUAUUUACGAACGUACAAACAUGAAAAAGGAAGAUGAUGAAGAAAGUACUGUAGAAAAACAAAAAUUAUCAAAAUAUGAUUAUAGUAUGUAUGAUCAUACAAGUUGGGAACCAUAUUCAAAUUUCUUUUUUUGUUUAAUUAUCUUCAUUUUGUCUAUUGGAUUUUCUGAUGCCAAAAUAACUAAUUCCAUUAUUCUUUGUGGUAUAAGUGGUUUCUUUGGGGUAUUUUGUUUUGUGGCUUUGGCAGAUAAUCAUGAUAUUUGGGCACUUAUUGGAAUUAUAGCAAAUUUUAUCUCUUGUUUACCUUAUAUAUUUUCAAGAAUGGGAAUAUAUUCUACAAAAAUGAUUUUUUUUAAAUCAUGGUUUGAAUAUAGAAUUGGUUAUGUUAUGUUUUCUUUUUCAAUUCCAUCUAUAGCAUUUAUGUUAAUUCCAAUAAUAUAUUAUAUUGCUAUAAAAUCAUGGAAAUAUAGAACUGGAAUUCUUCAAGAAAUUGUUCCUCAUAUUGUUUGCAUAGUAUGGAGUCAUAUAUCAAUAAUGAUGUGGUGUAUUGGAUGGAAGACAUUUACAUUAUCAGGAGUUGCUUUAACAAGUUUUGUAAUUACUUUUAUGCUUUAUCCAUCUCCAGUAAUUGCUUGUAUUGCUUCUGCAAUUGGAUUUUCUCAAGUAAAAGGAUCAAUUGAAAUAUUAACACUUAUUAAAACAGCUAUAACUAUUUUUGUGCUAUGUUUACCUUUUGCUGUUAAAAAUCUUUUAUUAAAACUUAAUAAAUCAGAAGGAUUUAAAAAAUUAUAUUCAAAAUUUGAAGAUAAACAAUGGUUUCUUUUAGGAUUAUAUUUUAUUGCAUUAAUAAUUGCUGUUUCUCUUUUAUAUCAAAGUAAUAGAACAGUUGAUUUCAAUAAUGAUGUGACAAAUAUGACAUGGUCAUCAUUUGAAGAUUAUUGUAAACUUUCUCAAGCAAAUACAAUAAAAAAACAAGUACAAUGCUCUCAAUUAAAAGGUACUGCUAUUAAUUGGAAAGGAACAGUACAAUCAGUAAGAAUUGUUGCCAUAGAUAAUUCUUUUGAAACAUUAUUAGAUUAUCUUCCAGAUUCAAUAGAUCAAGCUAUUCGUUGUUUUUAUGAUCAUGAUCAAUCAGAUACUUCUAAUAUUUCACCAAUCAAACCUAAUCAAUGUUCAAUGACAAAUUACAAUGUAUAUACCUAUGAAAUAGAAGUAGCAGGACCAUAUGGUGAAAGUAAAAUAAAUAGUAAUAAAGGAUCUAUAAUUUUAACAGCUGGAGAUAUAUUUGGAGAAGUUUUACAAAUUUUAGAAGAAGGAGAUGUCAUAAAUUUUAUAGGUUAUUUUGAUCAAUAUCCUGUUUUUAGAUAUCCACCAAAAUUACAAUUAGCACAACUUGAAUGUGUAACAUGUAAACAAUUAUUCAAGAAUAAACAAAAUAAAAGAUUGAAAAUAACACGAGCAGAUUCUCAAAAGAGAAGAAUAUGGUAUAAUAUAUUACAUUCAUUCAAAUUUAUGUUUAACUUUAUUUUUGCACCAACUUUAACAAUGAAAUUGUAG